AUGCCUCCUACUCGAGUCGGAUUCAUCGGUCUCAAACCAUCCACCGACGGUUCCCUUCUCGGUUCCUGGGGCGUCCGUGGUCAUCUCCGUUCAAUCCAGGGUCUCCCCAGCCUGUACGAGAUCGUAGCUAUUGCCAACUCGACCGUCGAGUCCUCUCAGAAAUCCAUCGAAGUCCACAAGCUGCCCACAACCACCAAUGCCUAUGGCAACGCUGAGGAUCUUGCCGCAGACCCGAAUGUCGAGCUUGUGGUUAUCAGUGUUGAGGUCAGGAAGCAUUAUGAACUUGCCAUGCCAGCGUUGAAGCAUAAGAAAGAUGUAUUUGUGGAAUGGCCAAUGGCUGCAAGCGUUAAGGAGGCAGAGGAACUAACAAAAGUGGCGAAGGAGAAUGGAGUUAGAACUAUGGUCGGGUUGCAAGGGCGAUAUGACCCACUGGUGCAAAAGGUCAGAGAGAUCUUGGCUGAAGGGAAGAUUGGCAAGAUUAUGAGCUCAACUGUGACGGCUUGCAGCAGUGUUCUACCUGUCGAGACCUGGCUGAAGGACCUGGAAUUUUAUCUCGACUUCAAUAGCGGAGGGAACGAGUACACGAUCUUCAUGGGUCACUUCCUUGACAGCUUCACAUACCUCCUCGGCGACUUUGCAUCAGUCCACGGCCUCCUUGCAUCCCAGUACCCAACCGUCAUCAUCAUCGACCCCGCCACAGGCCAAAUCGUCAACCCCGCAUAUCCGAAAACCGCACCCGAGCACAUCUUCAUCACCGGGACGCUAGAAUCUUCAGCCGUUGCGUCGCUCGCGUUCCGAAAACCCAAGUCUGCGGCUGACAGGGUCGGGUUCCGCUGGUACAUCACAGGUACCGAGGGCGAGAUUGCAAUCACCACUGAGGAGGGCAGUUGGCAAGGUGGCGGCAUUAGGGAGAAGAGGAAGAUUUCGCUCAAGGUGGGGAAGGCUGACAGUGUAGACGUUGGGUUUGGGAAGGAUGAUACCACGCUAGCGGAGAAGGUUGCGUUUCCGGCUACGAAUACUGCGAGGCAGUAUGAGGCAUUUGCUGCUAGAGAUGGGGAGGUGAUUACGUUUGAGGAUGCGUUGAGAAAUCAUCGGUUGCUGCAGAGGAUUGCAAACUCUUCUGGAUGGGAAAUGAUGUAA